AUGAACGUGAAAGGUGCUAUCAGAAAAGGUCAGACGUAUUGUAUGUCGCGUUAUCACUUUUUCGAUGGCUUUCAAUUACUAGAAUUAAAAUCAAAUGAUAAUCUUAUCGAGGAACUUGUAACACAGUUCACGGAACAACCUAUGGAAAAUAAGAGAACGAAAAGGUUAGUGAAAGCGAAAGGCUUAGAAAGAAGAAGUACCGUAGAGCUAAAAACAAUUGAGAUCCUAACUAUCAGCCUGGGAACGGAAAAGGACAUUGUAGAUACUGAGGAUGAUAUGAGCAUUCAACUACUUCGAUUGAGAGCACCACUUCUAGACCGUUUGAAAACUCUCGGCGAACGCGCCGAAAUGGAAGUGGGAUCAAAAAAAUCGUUCGCUAAAACCCUAGAAAUCGAUAUGAUUCAGACAGAUCGCGAGCUUAUCAAAUCAAGCCUAUGGAACUCUGAAAGUCAUUGA